AUGCCAGCCAAAGUAGCUCUCGUCACAGGCUCGUCGGCCGGGCUUGGCGCUGCUAUUGCCAAAGCGCUGUCUCGCGACUAUCGGAUAGUCGUCAACUACCACUCCGACCUGUCAAAAGCACAGAAGGUCGUUGAGGAAUGUACACGAGCACUCGAAGAAGAUGGCACUAGCAUGACCCCACGAUCCCAUAUCGUAAAGGCAGAUAUCUCCGUCAGGUCCGAUAUUAUCAAGCUGGUCGAGGAGGUCAUGACAGUCAUGGGCAGAUUGGAUGUGGUGGUCAGCAAUGUGGGAUGGACACGCAUCGUCAAGUUUUCUGACCUUGAGCAAAACAUGAACGAUGAAGACUGGGACAGAUGUUUUUCCCUCAACGUGAAGUCACACCUGUGGUUAUUUCACGCCGCUCGACCUUACGUGCAAGCAAACUCAGAUGGAGGGAGCUUUCUUGUGGUGGCUAGCCUGGCUGGAGUCGUUCCAGCUGGCAGCUCCAUACCUUAUUCGGUCUCCAAAGCAGCUGCUAUACAUCUAUCGAAAUGCCUUGCAUCGUUCCCGGAACAGGUGGUAGAGUCUAUGAGAGACAAAACCAUCCUGAAAAGAGUCGUUGAUCUUGACGAUGUGGCCAACCUCGCCAAAACCGUUGUGCUCAACGGGAGCUUGACAGGACAAAACUUUACCAUAGACUGUGGGAUUGCGCUAUAG